AUGUCUACCUUUCAACGAAUCGGUUACCAAACCCUCAGGUUUUGGAACCUUUGGACUGUGUUUGGCUGUGACGGAAAAAAACUUAGAUUUGCAAUUGGUAGAUGGUCUUUGAGUCGGUUGGAGAAGCUAAGCAUAUUGCAGAACGACGACUAUCCAAGCUAUAAGACGUGGGGCUUCUCAUUCUCUUUAAAGGAUAUCUAUAGACUACCAAGCUUAUUUUUGGGGAAGUAUUUGUAA